UACACUCCGCCGCGGUUCCCGGAGCUCCGGGGAUAUUUCUCGGUGCGGUGCAGAGGUUAAACGUUCCGUAGUUCAGGCGGAGGAGAGCCGGUAACCCGCGGCGAGCUGGCUAACGGCUAAAGGCGGGCUGCCUGUUUAACACGGAGACUUGAAGAAGCCGUGGCGCUGUUUUCGCUCCUACGUGUACAUUAGCCAGUCAUAUUGCUAGUACACUAGACCUAGAUACAGUGUUAGUGUUAGAUUAGCUAAACUACAUGUUAAACCAGUGCAGAAAGUUCACAGGCUGCGUGUAGAUCCGUGUAUUUAUCAGAGAACCAGCGAACUAAACAAUCUAUCUGUACUCGCAGACUCGGAGUGACUAAUUCCGUUAGUUUAAACCCCGACAUCCAUCUGCACAUAUGGCAAGUUGGAGGAUUGAUGAAAAACCUGUGAAAAUUGACAAAUGGGAUGGAGCAGCUGUGAAAAAUUCUCUUGACGAUGCAGCAAAGAAGGUACUCAUUGAGAAGUAUGGGUAUGUUGAGAACUUCAACCUUGUGGAUGGACGUCUCUUCAUUUGCACAGUGUCCUGCCUUUUUGCAAUCGUAGCUUUAGUUUGGGAUUACCUGCACCCUUUCCCAGAGUCCAAGCCUGUCCUGGCAUGUUGCGUCAUUUCAUAUUUUAUAAUGAUGGGCAUCCUAACCUUGUAUACCUCCUACAAAGAGAAAAACAUCUUUCUCGUGGCUGUUCAAAAAGACCCAGCUGGCAUGGAUCCAGACCACACUUGGCAGCUUUCAUCCAGUCUUAAACGGUUUGAUGACCAGUACACACUGAAAGCCUCCUUUACUGAUGGGAAAACCAAGCAGUACAGAGAGACCGAGUUCACAAAGUCAGUUGGGGUGUUCUUUGAUGAAAACGGAACGUUGGUGAUGGACCAAUAUGAAAAGUAUGUUACCAAGCUUCACGACACGUUGACAUCAGAGAAGAAAACAAAGUAAACUGGAGUGAAAAUACGAACCAGUGUGUUCCAGCAAAAGUCGUCACCCCAGCACACUGUUGAAUGCUGUAGUGGGAGGGGAAAAACACGUCGUUCAGGCCAGUGUGUUUGAGAGGAUAUCCUUCAGUUUUACAUUUGCAUAUUGAUCUUCAGCGUAUUUUUGUUGCUUGUUUGUUCAUCGGUCCAAUUUUGUUUCCAAUACACAUCACUUUUUAUAUAAACGUUCUAUUUGUCUGACAUCCUUUAUGAAGGGGAAGUAAGACAGUGUUACUGUGGCUCUUUAUGAAAGCUUGGCCUGGCCCUCAUGCACGAGGAAGAACAGCAGAUAUGAUAGAUUAACCAUUAUGGUCCAUAAACAGAUAACUUGGACCAAGAAAAAGCUUUCCCUGUUCACUGGCUGCUAUGCAUUUUAAUUGGCAUAGACAAUUUUGUUUGUAUAAAUGGCUCCAUCUAUAAUUCCCCACAGUUGCAGUUUAAAGCGGGAUAAGAGGUGGUCUGCUGAAUUCUUUUAUUUUCCCCUCCCCAUAUUCUCUGCUUAAGUAACAAGGCCUUAUGAAAACAUGGGAGUGUGAAUGUCAGAAAUGUCAUUUUGAUCUUUUUCCCCAAUUUUUACACCUUACAGACUGUAUAUUCUGUCCUGAGCCUUAUUAAAUAUAAUUACACUGAACAUUACUGAUGGCUGUUUUGUUAUGAAUUUUGCAAUUUGUUUUUCUUUUGGCUUUAAAGGGCGAAUAAUACACCAAUAAGAUUUAUCAAUACAGAUCACCUAUACUGUCUUUGAAGUCCCUACAGUGGAGAGUCCUGAACUAAGAUGCUUUAAUAACUGUGUUCAGGGUCUUUUUUUUUUUCUUUUUUUUUUUAAACUUGUUUUUUUUGUGUGUUCAAUCCCAUCUCAUAUGUCUGAAAUUUUACUUUUAAGCAUAGCAAGACAGAAAGAUGGAACAUUGUUGGUUAGCUAUUUGUGCCCCUGAGCUCAUGCUUAAGGGUUUUGUGUAUUUUCAUCUUCAACAGUUCAUUUACACGCAAAGUAUUUUUUUGUUCUUCUUUUUCUUUUGACGUAUUUUAUUUAUUUUGUAAUGGUUAGAAUCAAAUACUUGGAUAAUGUUUCCUUGUAUGGUAACGUUUAACUGAAUACUGCAGAGUAUUUUCAGGUUUUGUCAGUAAUUUUCCAGCUUUAGCUAUCCUUAUUGUAUGUGCCUGUCUUCAAAAAAAAAAGAAAAAAGAUAUAAAUAAAGUGGCAAAGACAUUUGUAAA